GAGUGCGUGUCCUGCUUGGACAAGCUCCCCGUGACCGGCGUCAUCAAGCUGACCUGCCACUCCUAUUGCCCAGAAUGCUUCCAACGUCUCAUCGCAACAGCCUGCGAACAUGAGCAGUCCUGGCCUGCGACUUGUUGCCUCAACGAGAUCCCCGCCUGCACCAUCCUCAGCAAUCUUCCCCACGACAGCGAACUCUACGACAUCUUCCGCGCUCGCUGCGUGGAAUGGAACACCCGGCCGGCACACCGCAUCUACUGCUCCCACCCCUCCUGCAGGCUAUUCGUCCCCCCCGCCAACAUCGACCCCGCCACCCGCACCGCCCGCUGCCCCGCCGGCCACGCCACCUGCACCCUCUGCCGGGAGCCGCAACACCCCAGCACCACCGCCUGCCGUCUCGACGGCGACGCCGCCCUCACCGAAGCCCUCGCCCAGGAAGAAGGCUGGGUACACUGCGCCAGAUGCCGCGCCCUCGUCGAGCACCGCGACGGCUGCGAGCACAUGAUCUGCCGCUGCGGCUACCAGUUCUGCUACGUCUGC